AUGGAGGAUUUGAGUGAAAAUGCCAUCCAGUCCAUCCCGAGGAGAGCCUUCAGAGGAGCCACGGGCCUCAAAAACCUUCAGCUGGAUAAAAACCACAUCAGCUGCAUCGAGGAGGGAGCGUUCAGAGCUCUGAGGUCUCUGGAAGUACUGACGCUGAACAACAACAACAUCAGCACUAUUCCAGUCUCCAGUUUCAACCACAUGCCGAAGCUCCGCACCUUUCGUCUGCACUCUAACUCUCUCCGCUGUGACUGUCACCUGGCCUGGUUGUCUCCUUGGCUGAGGCAGCGGGCGUCUUUAGGACUUUACACUCAGUGCAGCGCCCCCCCCCACACUGAGGGGCCUGAACCUGGCCGAGUUGAGAAAGAGCGACUUCGCCUGCUCAGGAAAUGGCGGCAGUGCGUUCGUGCAGCCGUGCAGCCUGGCGUCGGGCUCGUGUCCUCCGAUGUGUUCCUGCAGCAACAACAUCGUGGACUGUCGAGGGAGGGGCCUCACCGCCAUCCCCGCUCACCUUCCUGAGGCCAUGACCGAGAUUCGUUUGGAGCAAAAUGGCAUCAAGUCGGUUCCUCCGGGCGCCUUCACCUCCUACAAGAAGCUUCGUCGGAUGUGAGUCCU